GAGAGUUAUAAAGUCAUUUGUGCAGUUGUGUUUUUGUAGCGCUAUCCUCUCUGCAACAUGAGUAAGAUAUUAGCUGUUUUGGCGGUAACAGUAACCGUGUUUUCUGCCGAGGGGCUCCGUGGCCUGCCGUCCGGUUACUGUGAGUCAGGAAAACAUCAUGGAUCCAAGACCGAACCCCAGUUCAAAGAGAAGUAUUUCAGUCAGACUUUGGACCACUUCAACUUUAACAGCAUGGGGAACGGGACAUUCAGUCAGCGAUACCUGAUCACAGAUGAGUACUGGAAGAAAGGGUAUGGUCCUAUUUUCUUCUACACCGGCAAUGAGGGAAACAUUCUGGAGUUUGCGCUCAACUCUGGUUUCAUCACAGAGUUAGCUGCUCAGCAGAGAGCCUUGGUCAUAUUUGCUGAACAUGUAAGAGAACACUGGUGCAAAUCAUCACACAGUGCAGGCUAAUGCAUACAGUAUUUC